AUGUCCGACUGGGAAGACCAGGAAUACGAGGAGCAGCUGGAAGAGGAGGAGGCUGCUGACGAGGAGGAAGAGGAGGAGGAAGCCCCCGAGGAGCCGAAGCCGGUGGCAGAGCGAGGUAACCGCGGCUGCUUCGCUUCCCGCGAUGGAUGUCGGGGCCGGGAGACGCGGGCCUUCUCGGGCGCAGACCCGGGGUGUCCCUCGGCGCCCGCUGGCCGGCCCUUCAAGCCGAGGGCCCGCGCGCCCUCUGAAGAGGAGCGCCCCAAGCCAAGUGCCCGCGCCAGUGCCCGCGGGCAGAAGCCACGGUCCAGGCUGGUGGCUGCCCCCGGCCCCGCCCCCACGGCGCGCCUCCUCUUUGCCAUUAGCCGCUCCCUGGCCGAACAGAAGCGGGGCAAGCGCCAGACGGGGCGGGAGAUGAAGCUGCGCAUCCUGUCUGAUCGCAAGAAGCCUCUGAACAUCGACUUCAUGGGGGAGGAUCAGCUCCGGGAGAAGGCCCAGGGGCUGCUGGACUGGAUCUACCAGCUGGAGUCGGAGAAGUUUGACCUGAUGGAGAAGAUGAAGCAGCAGAAAUACGAGAUCAACGUGCUGUACAACCGCAUCAGCCACGCCCAGAAGUUCCGGAAGGGGGCUGGAAAGGGCCGCGUUGGAGGCCGCUGGAAGUGAGGACCUGGGGCCUCGGAGGGUCACCCCAAGUCUCCCCGACGUGGAGUGUCUGUUCCGCUUGUGGUUUGAAAUAAAGGUCCC